AUGUCAUUCCGCCCGACGCUUCCUCUGCACAAGAAGUCGAGUACAGCAUGGCUAGCACGACAAUCCCGUGACCCUUUUGUCAAGGCCCGCCUCUCCUCGCCAUCAUCCUACCGUUCACGUUCUGCCUUCAAGCUCAUCGAGCUCGAUGAUAAGUGGGGGCGCUUUCUCUCAUGUCCUAGCGUGCGCAGUGUCGUGGACCUUGGUGCAGCUCCGGGAGGGUGGAGCCAGGUUGUCGCAGAAAGGUUAGGGUGGACCUUUGACGCGGAAGACAAUGUAGAAGAGUUUGGGUUACGCGAGGAGGCGAAGGUGCAGAAACGCGGUUCCUGGAGCACCGAACUUGAGAACAAGUCUACUGGGCGAGGGAAAAUUGUUGCACUGGACCUGCUGCCAAUUGUUCCAAUGCUUGGCGUGCAGACGCUACAAAUGGACUUUCUAGCUCCGGGUUCGGCGCGUGUCAUACGAGACGCACUGAAGAGCCCGCAGAAUCCUGAGGGCACAGCGGAUGUCGUGCUGAGCGAUAUGGCGGCGAAUUUUUCGGGAAACAAAAUUCGGGACACGCAAUCGAGUUUGGAUAUCUGUCAUGCAGUCUUCGAUUUUGCAAAAGGUGCAUUAACCGCUCGGCAAGUGGACGAACGAGGGAAGGUGCUCAGGGGUGGUGGGAUACUACUGCUGAAGCAUUUUGCUCAUCCUUCACUGCAAGAGUUCCGAAAGGAAUGUCUAGAAUCCAACUUCCACCUCGUACAUUAUAUCAAACCGGAGUCAAGCCGCUCUGAUUCUGCCGAAGGUUACUGGCUGUGUCGCGGUUGGCUUGGUAGGGCGUAA